CCUCUCUCGGGGCAAUCCCAUCUCACGAGAGCUUGCGCUUCUUCAUUGUGCGCCAAUCACUCUCUACUUCUCACGCUCAUUCUCGAGUGUCAUACUUCUAUUCACCUCUCGCUGUGACUGCUUCUUAUACCUUGCUCUCACCAACCCCAGCCUCACGCGACACUCCCAUUGCGAUCUCCUAAAUUUGGGUUCCCUCGCGACUGUACGACCCUCCCUAACCCCAGAGGAACCAUUUCUACUCCACAAGCGACAAUAGGCUCCCUUGCCUCCCUCCGCCACUUGCGCCAUUCCUCUGGUUUCCCAUUGCAAUUACCCCACGAUCGGCCCCAAUCGCACCAGCCAUGUCGUCCAUGGACGAAGCCAAGAAAUAUGACAACUUUGUCCACGAGAGCCGUGACGGCGACGACGUCCGUGAGGGUGUCGUCACCGAGAACUCGGAUGACCUUCAACGCCAUCUAGGCAAUCGCCAAAUUCAGUUGAUCGCUAUUGGUGGCUCCAUCGGUACCGCCUUGUUCGUGAGCAUCGGCGGUGCUCUCAACAAGGCCGGUCCCCUUGGAAUGCUCCUUGCCUACACUGGUUACAGCUGUAUUCUAGCCAUGAUCAAUAACUGCAUCGCUGAGAUGGGCACCUACAUGCCAAUCACCGGUGGCUUCAUCCGUUUGGCUGGCCACUGGGCAGACGAGGCCUUGGGCUUUGCUGCGGGCUGGAACUUCUUCCUCUAUGAAGCCCUACUUAUUCCCUUCGAAAUUACGGCCUUGAAUCUGGUCCUCACCUUCUGGAGGGAUGAUAUCCCGGUCGCUGCUGUGUGUGCUGCGUGCAUUGUCCUCUAUGCCGCUUGCAAUAUUCUCGCCGUCAAGGUCUUUGGCGAAGCCGAAUUUUGGCUCUCCGGAGGCAAGGUCGUCCUGAUUUUCAUGCUGUUCUCGUUCACAUUCAUCACCAUGUGCGGUGGUAACCCCAAGCACGACGCUUACGGUUUCCGCUACUGGAGAGACCCUGGCCCGAUGGCUGAGUACCUCAGCACUGGAGCUCUAGGGCGUUGGGAGGGCUUCCUCGGAGCCCUUUGGGCUGCUGGGUUCUGCAUUGUUGGUCCAGAGUACAUCUCCAUGGUGUCUGGUGAGGCUAAACGUCCCCGUGUCUACAUCAAGAACGCCUUCAAGACCGUGUACUGGCGCUUCUGCAUCUUCUUCAUCACGGGAGCUCUCUGCGUCGGCAUCAUCUUGCCCUACAACGACCCCAGCCUGGUGAAGGUCCUCAAGGGUGGUGAGGGUGGUGGUACUGCUGCCGCUUCUCCUUAUGUCAUUGCCAUGUCCAAUCUCGCGGUCCCUGUCUUGCCACACAUUACCAACGCUCUCCUACUCACAUCCAUCUUCUCGGCCGGAAACACGUAUACCUACUGUGCCACCCGCAGUCUCUACUCUCUCUCCAUCGAAGGACGUGCGCCCAAGUUCCUGAGGAAGUGCUUGAAGAACGGUGUUCCCAUCUACUGCUUCAUCAUAGUCAUGGCAUUCCCUUUCCUCUCUUUCCUCUCCGUUUCGGAUGGCUCUGCCAAGGCCCUGACUUGGAUCACCAGCUUGAUCACCGCUGGCGGUAUGCUUAACUAUAUCGGCAUCACGCUGACCUACCUCGCCUUUUACCGUGCGACGAAAGCCCAGAACUUCGACCGUAACGCCUUGCCCUACACCGGCUGGUUCCAGCCUUACUGUGCUUGGAUUGGUCUCAUCUGGGAAAUCGGUAUGGUCUGCUGCUACGGCUACUCCGUCUUCCUUCCUGGCAUGUGGACAGUCCAAGACUUCUUCUUCAGUUACACCAUGGUCUUCCUCUACCCCAUCCUUUACUUCGGCUGGAAGCUUCUCAAGAGGACGAAGAUUGUGCCUGCCCACCAGGUGGAUUUGGUGUGGGAUGCACCUCUGAUUGAUGCAUAUGAAGCCUCUUUUAUCACUCCUCCGAUCGGCUUCUGGACAGAAAUGGCACAAUUGAUUGGCUUCAAGCGCAAUGUCCCAGUUGACAAACGCGCUGUAUGAAAGAGCCACUCACGGUGCCAUCGCAAGUGAGGGAAGCGGCUUUGGAAGCUGUUACAUACGCAGAAACUCAUAUGAAGAUACUGACUAACUGGGUUGUUGGUCAAGCUUACAUUUUGCUAACAACUGCUUCUUUUACUAGCGGAUUGGCUGAUAAGGACGUGGACGUGUUGUCUCCGUCGCAGGCACGGGAGUGCCUCAAGGAACUUUUUUUUCAUCAAUCAAUAUACCCAUUCGUUCAUCAUUGAUCUUAGACUUUUUCUGCCGACAUCGUCGUUGAACAUCCUUCCACCUUAUGCAACGUAUACAUACAUCCGACUGUCAAUUCUGCUACAAAUGUUUUCCAUGCGCCAAGCAGAC